AUGGAGGAAAACCAAAGCUGGCGCCUCUCCUACUUCCCCAAGCCAUUGCAGGACACCGAGCUCUUGUCAGAUUUGAAAGAGGGUGCCGUGUACUUCUGCGGAAGGGACUUCGCCUUGCGCCCGGCGCUGGUGAUGCGCGCUGGGCGGGUGCCCUUCGCCUGGGAUGCCCCGCGCUUUGCAAGGCUCUUCAUGUUCUGCAUGGAGUAUUUCCUACGUUACAUGGCCGUUCCCGGGAGGGUGGAGAAUGUGGUCGUCAUCAUCGACUUGCAGGACAUCUCCUAUCGACACAUGGCUAUCCCGGCGCUCAUGGAACUGAAGGAAGUUUUUACCCACCAGAAUGCAGGGCGCGUCUUCUGCUUCUAUGUCUGCAACAUGCCCUUUCUGGUUCGGGCCCUGGUCAACGUCGUGGAGGCCGCCAUGACGGAGAGGGCUCGCCAGAAGAUCCGCUUCCUGAGCGACGUUUCACAGCUGCGAGAGGACUUUGCCUUGAACCAGCUGGAGCGGGACUUGGGCGGCUGCCGCGAGGACCCUUUUCAGCUGGCUCUCCCGGAUCCAGGAAAGUCCAGUUGCAUGGAGUUUGCCGACACGGCCCGAGACUUCCUGAGACAGCACGGCCUCGAACAUUUGCUGGAUCAAACUGGGCAUGUUCGUGCGAAAGCCUUUGCCGAGAGUCCUGAGCAGGUUGACCUCUCACCAGAAGAGGUCUCUCUGCACUCUUGGAAAGCUGGCCUUGCAAUGGAAAGCAUCGCGAUCCAGCCAUGUUUGCCACCGGGGAGGCCAGUGCCCGGGUCGUCCCGGCAGCGAAUCGCCGCUCGCGGCGUCGCUUCCCCACCUUCCAGCGCAGUCGCCGCAAGCAACUCACGGAGUCUGGGCCUCGCGGUGGGAUUUGCUGCGGGUUUGCGGGGCCUGCGGAUCGUGGCCAAAAGGAGGGCAUCUCGCCUUGCAUGGCGAGGGCGGAAAGGGCACGGGCGUCUGGCCGGUGUCCAGCUGCAGGCGACGGCUGCAGCUACGGAGGCUACAGAGUCCGAGGCAGACGUCGUGGUUAUUGGGAGCGGGUUGGCUGGACUCACGUGCGCCGGGGUGUUAGCGGCUGCCGGCAAGUCGGUGACAGUCUUGGAGUCGCACUACGUCCCUGGCGGUGCCGCCCACACCUUCCGCGCCCGUGCCAAGGGAAUCAAAGGCGACUUCUGCUUCGACUCGGGGCCCUCCCUCUAUGGAGGGCUCAGCGGCGAGCGAACCUCCUCGCCUUUGAAGCAUGUGUACCAGAUUCUCGGCGAGGAGCCGGAGUGGAUUACUUACGACAGGUGGAAUGCUUUCAUCCCAGAGGGUGAGGCAAAUGCAGCGAUCGGCUACGAGGAGUUCGUGAGCAAGUUGCUGCCUAGAUUUGGAGGCCCAGAUGCUCCUCAGCAGUGGGAGAGGCUCAUGAAUCGGAUUAUUCCCAUGGCAGACGCCAUCUGCAAUGGGCCUCCGCCCUCCUUUGUGAGGGAGGAUCUCGGCGUUGCGGCCACUCUGGCGCGAUACCUUACCAAGCUGAAGUCGAUACCAGGAGGUCCACAGAAGCUGUCGGAGCCCUUCAGCCAGUUCUUGGAGGAUGCCAAGGUGACAGAUCCCUUCAUCAAGAACUGGAUGGACAUGUUUGCCUUCCUGCUUCAGGGAUUGCCAUCCUACGGAGCGCCAACCAGCAUGAUGGCUUACAUGAUGGGAGACAUGUACAAGAAGAACACCUGCUUGGAUUUCCCGAAAGGAGGCAACGAAGCCCUUGUUGGCGCUUUAGUUCGAGGUCUGGAGAAGCACGGAGGCCAAGUUCUCUUGAAAAAGCACGUGGAGGAAGUCCUGGUGGAGGGUGGGAGGGCUGCCGGCGUCCGCUUGAAAGAUGGCCACGUCAUCCGAGCACCGACCGUCGUCAGCAACGCAGACUGGCAGGUCACCAAGUCCUUGAUCAAGGAAGGUUCGGCACCAGAGCUGGAAGACUAUUUGAAGACCACCUGGAAGGAGUACAAGCUCUUGAAAUCCUUCAUCCACUUGCACCUUGGGUUUCGAGGCGAUGGCCUUCCUUCAGGUCACUGCGAAGAGUUCCCAGCACAAUGGGGAGUGUUCAACAGCUGGUCAGACUUGGAAGCACCCCGCAACGCCGUGCUGGUCAGCUGCCCUUCAAUGUUGGAUCCAGAUUUGGCUCCUCCAGGGCAUCACGUGGUGCAUGCCUACACUCCUGCGACGGAGCCUUGGGAAGACUGGGCCGACCUGGACGAGGGCAGCAGCGAAUACAAGAAGAAGAAGCAGGAAGCUCGCGAUUUCUUGUAUUCUGCCGUAGCGAAGCAAGUACCUGACCUCGAGGACCGCGUGGUCCUGGAGCUCGUGGGUACCCCACGCACCCAUCGAAGAUUCUUGCGAAAGCCGUCUGGCACGUACGGACUCCGAGUUCAGGCGCCGGAAAUGCUGCCCGGCCACAAGACUCCGCUAGAAGGAUUUCACAUGUGCGGAGACAGCACAGCACCUGGCAUUGGCGUGCCGGCGGUCGUUAUGAGCGGGCACAUCUGUGCCAAUAACAUCAUGUCCGUGCCCGAACACUGGCAAAUUCUCGAUAAGAUCAAGGACUGGACCACGGAGCUGGAAAUCUGA